AUGGCUGAUCCGCCACACCCCGGGAUGAGGCCAGGAGCCCGCGACCUUUUCAUCACCAAUUUCAUCGAGAAUCCCCCGCCUUCAAGUUUGGUGCCUGAUAAUCCAGCCCGUGUCCAGCCACCACGCGCGCCAACUCCGCUCGAUUCCGAUGAUGAAUACGUCGAGACGAAGCAUGCCCAGUUGGAGAAUCAUUGCAUCCUCUGUGGUGAUACCCUGCACAUUGACUUGGACGCAGAUCUCGGUCCCAUUUACCGUCCCACAAAAUGGGAAACGAAUGUCAUCUGUAUCCUUAGUGUGUCGUCCAGUAACGAUCGAACGCAAUCGAAGUUAUGUGAGGCUCAGAUAAACCAACGUCGCGGGCUCAAAAUCCGCAACUUGCAGUCUCGGGAGGGGACCGUGUAUGAGCCUUGCACUGACCUUCACUGCCUGUUUUGCGGCGAAGAGGCGGCCACAGUCAACAUGAUCCACAUCUACUGCUUGCAGCUUGCCAAACGAAGAUGGAGCGACUUUUCGACCGAUCUCCUAGCCCGCAUCGCCCGGCUGCUACGUCCCAUCACUCCGCCCAAUGUGACAGCGGAGAUCUUGGGUGUCAAACCUGACCUGACCAAAUUUCCCGAAUCUGAGAUCGCGUCCAAGGAUUCGAGCCUGGGUUUGCUGCUUGCGAAUAUCCACGGCCACCUGCCCGGGGAGCUUCAGAGGCUGAUAUGCCGGCAUCUUAGCGGCACCUUGUUCUUCUCGGUUGCCAGCUGCCUAGAGACAUUGCAUUGGAUAGAAGACCACCGGAUCCUCACAGAUUCCCGGCAGAUUGCGACCCCGACAUAUCACUACCCGCUCAUGCCCUCCUUCUCCUUCAAACGUCUGGUUGCAGAUACGGUGAACAUUCUUGGCGAGAGCUGCUUCACAAGAAUCGGUGGGGACUUUCCUACCUCCUACGAGAUGGAGAUAACGAUUAAACAAGUUCCAAUCUCAGGCAUCCGGUAUGCUCUUGGUCUCCAUGGUGUUGUUGGUUUGCGGGUCCUGUACGAGGAUGGCUCAAGUUCAGCUUGGCUGGGUCGCUCCCCCGGCAGAUUAUUCAGGGUAUUCAGCCUCCGCUCACUGAGGGAUCUUCGUAUUCUAACAGAUGUAAGGAGCCAACAGAGCCUCCCUUCGAAGCUUCCCUGUCUUGGACUGAAAUAUCUGUCAUUAGACAGCGACACUGCGAGUGGCAGCCAGACAUCAGAGUCAGGUACGAGUUCGGAAGGGCACAAGAUCUUUUGGACCCAUGACGUCGACUUCACUCCUUGUGAUAAACAUGUGCUUGUCACCUUACAUCCGAUACAAGCCAUCAUUCGUGUCCACCAGGAUGCGUGUAUCGGGCAAUACCUGCCUUUCCAACCAGCUGGCCAGCAGCAGCGGAGCCUAACCAUCUUCUUCUCCUCGGAAGGCACAUACUGUAUCCAGGUCGGCAGCGACCCGGGGCAGAGACUCGGCAAGCCCUCCGAGGGAUUCAAUAGGCCGCUGACCUUUUACCUUUAUCCUGGAGAGACGGUAAAGUCGCUGCAAGUGCUCGCCAAAAUACGAAUUUGGCGCGCAAGUAACUACCUCUCCCGGAACCUCACCCGAGGCUUUUAUAUCCUGGUGAGAACCUCUGAGGGCCGUACGUUUUAUGCGGCUCCCAAUCGGUUGCUUACGGAUGCCGGAUGUUCCUUGGUAGACAUCGGCGACGAAGCCUCUCACUUUCCAACUGGGAUCUUCCUCGUGAAAGGCUUUUAUCCGGAUGAGUGCUUCACCAACCUCGGUGUUAGAACCGGCACGACCAAAGAAGAGCAGCACAAUCUACAAAACCCUCAAGAGACUCCGGACCCUUGGAGUAUCAAGGCGCCGAGACCGCGAAACAGCUCGUCUCUCACGCUUGAAAGAAACGGCGCGAUCUUGACUAAAGCCAACCGCGAUAAUGUGAAAGAGCUAAGAGUGCAAAAGCACCAGGGCAUUUACUCCGGUCUCUUGAUCCACCGUCACGAUGGCAGGACGGAUGUUCUCGGGAGCUGGGAUGCAUCCAGACCCGAGCUGAUCUCGACUAUUUACGUUUAUGGCGACAGGCCAUUCAAGGGACUUACUUUUGUCUUUUCAGAGUACGACGAAUCCGGCUCGAGAUGUAAAAAUGUCGUAAACAUCACGCUUGAUCAAGUCGAGAACUCGGCUUCGAAAUUCCUUUGGGAUGUUCCUUACUUGGAAGUUGCUUGGUGGUUUACACUAUCAAAGUCAGAAAACUAUGUGGAAUACUGGGAUGGAGAAGAACAGGAAGUCAGCUUGCCGAAGGGGAGCCUUAAUUGUAAGGAAUUCCACUAG